AUUAGACCGCCAUUUCUGUUUUGUGGAGAUUGAACUAUAUCGUGAGCGAAUUAUCACUGAUAAAAUAUGGCUCAUACUGUCAUAUCCAUGAAGUUACCCCCAAACAUAGAUCCUACGAAAGCACGUCUUGCUUAUGGGGACCGUGCACUACCCAAACUAGUGAGUAUACAUCACAUCGUUAAUCAUUUAAUGCAGUGCAUAUAACAAUUUUUAGACCUGUCGAUCGUACUCGAAUCGAACGUGUCCCUAGUUGGCUUAGAACCUCGCAUCACUUCAGAAUAACUUUCGUCUGUAGGCCUGCACGUUAAGUAGCUGUUUUGUAUAUGUAAUAAUUUUAAAGGAAACGUUUUUGUGAUUGACUGUUUUAUUAAUAAUCCUCUUCGAUCAAGUACUCUAUCACUGUGCUCUAUGAUUAGGGUUAAUUGGACUUGCUUAUUUAUUGAUUCAUUUCUCCAAAGGAGAAAGGCUUGAUUGAUAUGUUGAUUCUUUUAGAACCGUGAACUCAACAGUCCUGACCUGUUGACGAGACAAAGGGCAUUGAUGUCACUUUGUGAUGUGAUGCACAAUCCUGAACAUAUAUCUGAGGGGUUGAGAGUUGGUAAGUGGGACUGAUAACUUGAACUGGAUGUUUGAAGUAUGCCUCUUCAUGGAAAAAAGCUCUGUGUUCUUCACGGCUGUGUAUUCUGGUACCACAUUCUUGUCUACUACAGUGGUCUUGUGGCUCAUAUUGUUCGAAUGGUAUCUUGGUUUCUAUAAUGAAGUUGCUACAUGUACUUCUGUUCUUUCCACUUUCAGCUUUGUGUUAUUCAAGAAACAGAGCAAUGUUUCUGUGUUUAAGUAGAUUUAUCUAGAACUUGUGUGUGUGACCCAUUAUAUAAUGUCUCAUUAGUGUAAAUGUAUCUACUGCAGGUGUUGGUGCAAGUUUAAAGUCUCUGCUCAAAGACUCUGAUGGUACAGUGAGGCAUAAAGCAACAGAAGUGCUAAGCAUCAUUGCAGGUACUGUCAGUGCAAAAGAGUUUAAUAUGUAUGUUUAUUCUUGGAAGUAUCUGCGUGAGCUGAGGUUUACAAUGAUAUGGGACAUAUAGGAACAUUACAUGGUAGUCUAUAGAAUUUUAACACACAGUGGUACAUGUUUUCAGUAGUUACUUAUCCAUACUUACAUGCAUACUGUGACCUGUUAGGGUACAUGUAAUUUAUAUACAGUGCCAGAAGCAGCUGUUUACCAAGUGAAGGGAUAGAACAGGAAAUUGAAAAUUACCAGACUUACUGUAACUCUAAACUAUUGUGAUUCUUAAUCAAAUUGGAAGGUCAUGCAGUUGGACGUGAUGCAUUUGUGGAUCACAAAAUGAUUGUACCAUUAUCAGAACUGGUAAGUUAUUAUGUGAAAAAAAUGAAUUGAAAUGCUAUAUUUUUAGAUUUAAAAUGAACCCUAAAGGCAUAGCUUUCACUUAUUCGUCCUUUUUCUCUCUUUUUAUAUAUACCUUCAUUACAAAAAAAACUCUGAGUUGAGACUUACAUAUUUAAAUGAGUACAACCAGUAGAUGGACUCAUUGGUUCAGUGCAGAUCUUGAGUCUUUAACUUCAUGUUAUUAUCUAUAGGUCUAAUUUUGUGUACUUCAUGACUGUAUACUGUACAAAGGUGCGUGCUUGUAAGGAUGUAUCAUUAUUUUACCAGUCUUUGAAUGAAUGAAUCUAUUGCAAAUUAUAGUUUGAUGACAAUGUCUAUCAGGCCAGAAGGAAUGCUCACAAGGCCAUAGAGAUGUGUGUACACAUGAGUCCAGGUACUGAAGGAGUUGUUGAUGCAAAGCUUGUUCCCGUUUUGGUGGGAAGACUUCUCAAAGAAGAGGAUGAGAUCAAGGUUAGGAAAAACAUGAAAUUAUUUCAGCAUGCCAGUAAAGCCAUAUUAAUACUAAUAAAGAAUUUAAAAAAUUGUCCUUACUCAUUCUGCUUCCAGACUGACAUGAAUGUACAAUACUUUAGCUUCAUUUCUAUUCAGAAGUCAGUUGCAUAGAACUAGAUGUUGUAAUUUGUUUCAGUCUAACUUAAGAAAUUGCUCAUGCUGACAAUAAUGACAUUAAUAAAGGCAUAGGCUGUAACUUUAGCAUGCUUAGACCCAGUCACAUAGUGAUUACCUACCUGUAAACUUGCAUACAAUGUACAGACAAGUGUAUCUCCCUAGCAUUCCUGUUGUUUAGAAUGUUAAGUUCGGCGUGAGGUGGGGAGGGGGGGUGAUGUCUUGUGAAGGAGACUAUGGAUUUGUAGGAAAGACAAGAAAAUACUAUCCAUUUCCAAUUAAAUGAAGUUAAAUGUCUCUGGAAGGAGGGGGUUUAGUUUGGGCCUGUGGUUUCAGGGAGGGUAUUCGUUGGCAUAGUUUACAUUAAAAUUACAUUGUCACAACUAUUUGAUAAGUACAUGACAUUUUCACAAGUAUGCCACACCUUGACAGCUUUGCUACAGGCUGUACACAUGUAGCUUACAUGAACAUGUAGUUACCUCACUGACCUCUACACUAAAGUCAGCUUCUUGCUGCUCAGAAGAGAACUCAGUCCUCCUCUGUGGCUACCUAGACUUGUGUAUAGACUACAGACCUUGUACCGUCCAGUUCUGUUAACAAUAUAUAAGUGUUUCAAUGAUGUCUACACACCUACAUGUGUGUUACAUCUGGCAUGUUUCCCUUUUAGGAACUUAUUUUAGACACCCUACACUACUGUAUGACAAUAGAAACCCAGUCUGCACUAGAUAGUGGAGCAAUGGAGAGUUUCACAAAAUUACUGUCCCACAAGACAGCAGCAAUCAGAGCAAAAGCUGCCAGGGAUGUCAUGGAUUUAAGGUAAAUUGACAUGAGUGUAUUUCUUUUUUAAUCAACACAUUUCUUGAGAGGUCUAGAACUGACUCUGGGCAGCGUAUUACAUGAUAUUUCAGUGUACCAACUCCAAAUCAGCUGCAUUCACAAGUCCUUGAAUCUUGCUUGCUGUUUAAAAGCACAGUAACUGACUGUUUAGUCUGUAUUACUAGGUGAAAACAAAUCUUAAGUUUAACACAGUUAUAAGCUGCAAUGUCUUUGAAAUGAGAAGUUUCCUUUAAAUUUGACAGUUUUCCUCUUGAUGGCAAGGACAAAGCAGUAGAUGUUGGAGCAAUUCCUGAACUGGUGUUGCUUCUUGAAGAUGGUAACACUGACGCAAGAGCACAAGCUGCUGGUGCUAUCAUGACGUAAGUUAAACUUUUUAUUUAUUUAUGAGGAGCUGAAUGUAUUGGAAAAGGUCUUAUUCCUGACAGGUACAAUCGACUGUUACACCUAUUUACAAUUAAUGCGAUGCAGUAGUGGUUUCAACUCCAAGCAAUUUACAUGUAUUUCUGUUAACUUAAAAUCAUUUGAAAUUAUUGUCAAAAAAGAAAUAAUUCUCCAUCCAUCCUGCUUACAGUGAUGUGCAUUCCAUAGAAAUUUUAUGAAUUCAGCUCAUUAUGCCAAAAGUAAUUUGAAAUAGAGUUUCUAGAAGUUACUGAACAAUUGUAAUGUCAUGUGGCCCUGAUGUAGGUCAUAAAGUUAUUGUUUUUGUUGGAACCCAUGAGUAAAAAUUUAUGAGCUACAUGUAGGUAAAUCACUCAAAACUGAAGUCAACAUCCUUCGUGUCUAAAUAAUUGAUUCCUAAUUGCUCUUACGAAGGGCUAACACUGAAACAUCAGCCUUUAAACUCUCUAUAGAAGCCAAUUUACAUUUCAACUCAGCUGUUAACACUUUAACUCCCAUGACCAAGACAGAUUUUCUCCUUACAAUAUCAAUACAAUAUCAACCAGAUAAGUGAUGAGAAUAAAGAAAAAUAUCAAUUUGGGGAUGAUUAGUUGAUCCCAUACUAAAUUCUCUGAACUAACAUUAUAAGAAUUUUAUGGUUGACAGUAAGGAGAAUUACAAAUUCAAUCUGGGAGCUAAAGGAUUAACACUAAAUUACCUGUGAUACGAUAAGAUCCCAUCAAUGCAGCACCACAGUUUCUUUAGAAACUUACCCCCUUGAUUCUUAAAUUAAGUUUGGCAUGGCAUUCAUUAAUCCACUGAUUAGCACAGGCUUAAAACUAGUGAAAAGUGAAAGAAAGGAUAAUACAGAUUUACAGGUGGAAAAUACAUGAUGCUGGUAAUAUUAGUGUAUUGUAGAUGGUUGUCUUUUUUUGAGUUACAGGCUGAAACUGUUGUUUUCUUCACAAUCAUCUUGAUCCUUCUCAGAAUUACAAUAACAACUAAAGGGAAGUACGCAGCAAUAGAGGAGAGUGCGAUUCCUAACCUUGUGAAAUUGCUAGACGACCCUGAAAGUGAAGUUAGACUCAAUGCUCUUAAGGUAUCAGUAUGUCAACUACUAUGUAAAGUUGUAAUGUGCAGUAUCUCAUCUUUGUUCAAUGUCUACAUAAGCAUUCCAAUGUCUCCAAAAAUGUUAUCCAAUUUCCUGUGCAACCAUGAAUUUCUUUAUUAGUGUAUCACAAAUGGUGUCAAUGUGUGUAACCAGCAACAAAUUUGUGCACAAAUUGGUUGAUCUUCUAUAAGUAUAAGUAACUAAUUGAGAACAGUGGUAGCAACUUUUUAAAACUGGUUUGAUCUUGUUGUAACUUCUUUUUCUUAUUGUUACUCUGCUUCUUUUUUAAUGUACAAACAGGCUAUCACAACUCUUGCAGAAGCCCCUAUUGGCAGAACAACACUGCUGGCUUCAGUUAAUGAGGUAAGAGUCUCCAAGCAUAUUUGUAAAUAAACAAGUACUGUCUACGUGUACACUUCUGUUAUAGUUAUGAACCUUAACUUUGAUAGCAGAGUCUACACCUUUCAUUUUGAAUCUUUAGGUUAUCAAUCCAGUCAAUUUUGACUCAGUAUUAUUCAAGAAGUGACUUUAAUAAUUAUUAUUUCUUUACAGGUAUCCAAGCUUAUUCAGGAUCAUGACAGUCCAGCAGUCAGAAAGGCUGCACAGAUAGCUGUUCAAGUCAUCACUUGGAAGCCGUGAUUGAUUAAUAUCAAUUUAUUUUAAUAUUGAUACAAAAAGAAACACUUGUACUUUAUAUAAAUAUUUUGUAUAUAGUCUCUUUGUAAAGUUACUUUCACGUUGAGUAUACAAUAUGUCUGCAGUCUUUUAAAACAGAAAAAUGCAAAUAAAACUAGUUUGCAAUCAUUGUAAUCUAAAAUUGUUAUUAUAAACAAUAAUUGAUUGAAAUUUGGUGUCACUGAUGUUUAAAAAAUGGCAUAGUUCAUGAAAACUGAAAAGCUGCAUGCAUUAUAAAUUUAAAGAAUUUCAUGAAAAAAAAAAAGUGAAAAGUCAUUUUGGAAUAAAGCAUGCAAGAAUGUUACAACUGGAAGAACACCGUACUUAACUGAUUAAGGCCUGCAUAUGGUGCCCAAUUAAAACACUGCAGCAAAUACCCUGGUAGACAGAUAUGGAAAACUCUGAGAAAGGCC